AAGAAUCCAAUCCAAUACGUUUCUCUUCAACCACUUGCGCACACGGAUGGAUCGAAUUUUCGUUGUGUCUGAUUCUUAUAUUUAUUUUCGUUUCGUAUUUGAUACAAAAAACUGAUGUUCUAGGUUUAUUUGUUUUUACACCGUUCGUAUCAAACAGUAUUUUGUUGUAAGAUGAAGUGACGAACAAGUGGAACGUUUAUCAAAUUCAAAUGGAUAGUGAGAAAUCAUUUGAGCAAUGAUUUUGUAGCUAUUAUAUGUGGUUGAGGAAGAAUUCAAACAAUUCAACCAUACAUUAUCUUUCAUCAAACUUCAUUUUCAUUGUCAUCGUCAUUGAUUUGUAUUCUUACAAAUACAAGCCAUUGCCCUUGUGCCUCGUACGAACAGCUUUCUUGAUUUUGUUUACAGAAAGUUGGAUUGGGAAGGUUUCAGAGUUUCAAUGGCGGGUGGAUUUGGAAAAAUAUGCGCCGGUUUUCGGUCAAUGGCGUUGACGAUGUUCAACUUUGCUAUAGCGUUGGCUCUGGUUUCCGGCGAGAGAAAAAUGAAGCUCGAAGGAAGUUCCGGAGAUAUGAAUCUGCUCCAAGGAGCUUUGAAUUUCUUGUGGCAGUCAGACAAAACAGGGUAUCAUCAUGUGUGGCCUGAAAUGGAAUUUGGGUGGCAGAUUGUAGUUGGUUCUGUUGUUGGAUUUUUGGGUGCUGCAUUUGGGAGUGUAGGAGGUGUUGGUGGUGGGGGAAUUUAUGUUCCUAUGCUUAGUCUAGUCAUUGGGUUUGAUCCGAAGUCAUCAACAGCUAUAUCGAAAUGUAUGAUAAUGGGAGCAGCAGCAUCAACAGUCUACUAUAAUCUUAAGCUAAGGCAUCCGACACUUGAUCUUCCUAUCAUUGACUAUGAUUUGGUGCUUCUUAUCAUGCCUAUGCUCAUGCUGGGCAUCAGCAUUGGGGUAGUUUUUAAUGUCAUAUUUGCUGAUUGGAUGGUUACUGUCCUCCUCAUCAUUCUCUUCUUAGGUACAUCGACGAAAUCGUUUUUGAAGGGGGUUGAAACUUGGAAGAAGGAAACCAUAAUGAAAACGGAGGCUGCUAGGCGCGCUGAAUCAAAUGAUAUUCAAGCCGAUACUGCAUAUGCUCCUCUUCCCAGUGGCCCGAACCAUAGGCCCGAAACGAACCACAUUGACGAGGUUCCAAUUCUCAAGAAUGUGUAUUGGAAAGAAAUGGGGCUUCUUGUAUUAGUUUGGGUUGCAUUUCUUGCAAUACAGAUUACCAAGAAGCAUUCACCCAAUUGUUCAUGGGAAUACUGGGUACUGAACUUCCUGCAGGUGCCAAUUGCUUUUGGUGUAUCUGGUUAUGAAGCAGUUAGCUUGUAUAAAGGAAGGAGAAAAAUUGCAUCACUAGGAAAUCAGAAGACAGAUUUUCGAAUUCACCAGCUUGUUCUAUAUUGCUUCUUGGGCAUAGUGGCCGGAGUUGUCGGUGGGCUACUUGGACUUGGUGGAGGAUUUAUUAUGGGUCCUCUGUUUCUGGAGCUGGGCAUUCCCCCUCAGGUAUCGAGCGCUUCAGCAACCUUUGGAAUGACAUUCUCCUCAUCUAUGUCUGUUAUACAAUACUAUCUUCUUGACCGUUUCCCCGUUCCAUAUGCUCUUUACUUCACCCUCGUGGCCGCCAUAGCUGCAUUUAUUGGACAGCACGUAAUCAGAAGGCUGAUUGAGUUGAUUGGAAGAGCAUCCUUAAUUAUCUUCAUUUUGUCCUUCACAAUAUUCGUCAGUGCGAUCUCUCUAGGGGGAGUUGGAAUCUCAAAGAUGAUUGGACAAAUUCAGCGACAUGAAUACAUGGGAUUCGAGAAUCUGUGCAAAUAUGAUGCUUAAGGUUUGGCCUUAUGGGAAAGAAAUGUGAUUUUUAGUAAUUGUUUUCAAAUUCUUAUGAUUAUUUGGAUUUAGCUUUGGAAUUUUUUACUCUUAAAUUUGAUGUCUAAGAUGCUAGAAUUUAUUGAUUCGACAGUUUGUUUUAUGGGCCUGGAAAAAGCCUAGAAAGUAGAAAUAUAUAAGCAGAGUUUUAGCGAUCUGUGUAUUUAAAUGUGCUCGGAAGUGGAUUUUGAAUAUUGUUUUUCCAGUGCACUAUCCAUUUUUA